CACCACUCGCUUGCAUCGAUAGCGGUACCCGCCAGUACUUCCCAUCUGCAAAUCCAAUCUUUGAUCAAAUAGUCUGACGAAUGUAUCUGAACCGUCAACCGAGGCAGAGCGGAGCACCUCCCCCAUACUCCCCGCAACCAGAACACCCGCCGCUUGGAGGAAGAAGGUCUCGUCCCACUGUUAAUACUGGGUGUGACUACGCAUCAGUCCCAUCCAGACGCAGGGAGACGGAACCCCUUUUACCAAGCGGCGACUUCAAUGCGUCUGGAGGGUUCACGUGGAUCCUCGUAGUGACGCUCGUGGUUGGUAUCAUCACCGGGUCUAUUGUCACUUAUACAGCUACAAAAUGCAACUACUGUGUCGAUGUGGAUAGGAUGGAACACAUCCGCGCUGGCUGGGAGCUCGAAAGGCUGCGCCACGAUACAGAGGCAGCCGAGCGCGAGGCAGACCGUCACAGAUGGAGGCUCGAAGAUGUGGCGCAUGCGGACAAGCUGGAACGGUGGAGGCGGGAGGACGAGGAGAGGCAAAGGAUGGGGUUCUUUUGGGCGGACUUUGAGCCGCUGAACUGCGUGCGCCAUGAGACGCGAGAGUAUAGUGCGCGGCUUGAGAACGUGCCCAGCGGCUUCGAGCACCGCAUUGAGGCGUGCAGGGAGACGGAGAUGAGCGUCAACGGGGUUAUGAGGAAGCCCACUCGGUGUGAGGAUAAGGGUGCGAGGAGUCUAUAUGGCUUCUGGGAUGUGGAAGGCGAGGCUGAAUGUGGCACCUACUUCAACUGGUUCAAAGACAAAGGUUGUAGAGCUCGCUGGUCAGGCUACAAACGAUACGAGAUGUACAUGGAGAACUUGCGCCCUGGCGAUGACUGGCAGAUUAUGUGCUCUUCGACACCUGCCAGUUUUAUGGGUAUGACAUUUUCACACCCUCAUUACUGCGUUAAAUGGGGCGAGGGCACUUACGGCCUAUGGGACAUCAAGGAUGGGUCAUGCUAAUGAGUUACGUGUGCAUUGCUGUAACGCCCGACAGUGUCCUGAGAUGUUUCCCUUCCUCCAACUCAACUGACGUCUCCCCUCAAUGUAUUGUGUAGAUAUGUGCAUAAGCGUGAUCGCGUCCAGUGAGAAAACGUCCCGGGAAUCUCUCUCGAUUUUGAGUGAAUGAUACAGGGAUGUACUCAGCGCAUGGGAAACCUUAGAGGGAAGCGGGUACGUGAGCUUAUCGAAAACAAAGAGGGCUUCGCGAGGCGCGUAGCAUUCUUUUGCAUGAAUGUUGCGGAUAUUUUCACAUACAGUACCUUACACUGGAGAUGUAUUGCUGUUCUUUCGCCUCUCUACCUUUAAUACACGCUCAUAUUUCAC